UGGAUGCCAAGACUUACGUUUGGCGGAGAGGCCAGAAAUUGGCUUUGACCUUCACGCUCGGUGUGUCACCGAGACACCGUCUGCCUAUUCUUUUCCUGAUACCCAGCUAUGUACUGCCUUCUGGAUUUUGUGCUUUUAUAGAGCGAUAUUAUCGGAGAUUGUCCUUUCAUAAACUUAUUUGCGAUUAUUUCAUUCUUCAUCGCCGACAAUGUCGACGCGCAGGCGCGAUUCCGUGGAGCCCUCCCCUCGACCACACCCCGUCUCUUCACCAUCCAGGAUAGCGGAGCCCCCUGCAAAACGCGCUCGUCGCACUGAUAGCUCAUCAAUGUGGGAGAUGCAUGAUAAGCGAACACACUCACCUGGCUCCGAAUCGGAUCCCGAUAGAAACGCAAGGCGUACACCCUAUACAAAAGACGGCGCACGUGAGCUUGAUGAUCGACGAUACCGUUCUCGUUCCCGCUCGUUAGAUCGGAGAGAGAGGAGGCGGGAGAGAAGUAGAUCAAGAGAUAGACGAGACCGUGACCGCUACCGGGACAAGAAAGAGCGUGACAGAGAGAGGAGCGUUAGUCGAGAUAGGCACUAUCGACGCGGACUCCCAGCGAAAGGUGACAAGUUUCGGGAUCGAUCGCGUUCGCCAUUUCGGAAUGGUACGAGGGAUAGGACCAGGUCACCCCCCCAUCGGGGUUCCAGAACAGAUCGAAAGGACGAUCGCAGAGAAGGCCGGCCUCACGAAAGAGCGCGGCAUACAAACGGUAGAGCUGACUCACAUCAUCUAUCUCCGGCCCGUCACAGAGAUCAGAUGGAUGUGGAUUCCGCUGAGGUUGACGGGGAAGAAGAACUGGAGGAGCUGAUACGUAAAAGCAUGGGAUUCACAAAGUUCAGGAGCACCAAAAAUACGAAAGUACCGGGGAACAACAUCUAUGGUGUGCGGAAGGAAAAGAAGACUGAGUACAGACAGUAUAUGAACCGUACUGGAGGGUUCAACAGGCCACUGAGUCCUACAAGGUGAAGGUCCAUAUCAAACGCCGGCGCUUUUCGGCUUGUUCAUACUGUUCUAUUUGUGUUUGCUUCGCGUUUUGACUUAUUUACUCUAUUUUCACGGUUACCCAGUUGUCCGCAGCAUUGUAAUGGCGCAUUAUCGGGAAGGAUUACUGUUGCUUGAUUCCAUACCUUGGAGCUGAUUACUCUUCACACGCCAUUUAGCACCAUGCUUAUUGACUAUUUAGGAAUAAGACAGCACAGGCAGGAAAUCUUAUGUAAAGAUACCUUAUGUUCUUUUGCUUCUACCAAGCCUUCUGGGCCAAAUGUCGGACAUAACAGCCAAUCGAGCACAACAAUCCC